AUGCCUUCCGCCACUGGUACGCCCGUCGACAAGGAACAAAUUGUUGUCAUGGAGAUAGAACCACAACCACCCGUAGAAGUCUGCCAUGAAACACCCAGUUCCGACAUAUCGUUUUUGUUGGAAUGCAUCGUCUGCAUCGUUAUUUUACUGGAACUUCUCGGUCGCCUCUGGAUGGAGUAUUACCCACGAAUAUUUGGGGAAAUCAUGCUCCCAUCCCCACUUAAGUUUAUCAUCAUCGGUUUAGCUGCUUUCGCUGAAAUUAAGUCGCAAGGCUCUGAAUUUCCUUUCAAAACGCACCCUCGAUGCAUGAAUAUCGCCAUUACCAGCCUACUCUUUUAUGGUUUGGCUUCAGCAGCGCAACAUAUAAUUUCUGUCUGCAAACGUUUUGGUCCGGCUUCCGUCUAUGCCAUUGUUGCUCACUCAGGAAGGAUUGGUUCUUUGUGCAUUUUGGUAGCAUCUGUCGCAUCUUUGUUCUAUCUUUGA